CUUUUCCCAAAGCUUGUCGCAGCUGAUUUCUUAUUUCACAUAAUUUUACAUCCCUCACAUCGCACUUAUCGCCCCUUCGAAGUCGCUAGAAGGAUGGGAGGCGUCAUUUCCGGUGGAAUAUUCCAGCGAUUUAAUUUUGGCUUUAAAAGGGAAGUACAGAAAAGUACAAUACUGUCAUUAAGACACAGUCCCACAGUCUCCGGAGUUUAUUUAUUGCAAAAGAAUUUAUUUAAGAGUCAUUUUCUCCCGACCGUAUACCACAAGUGUCAGUCAGUAACAUAUUAUAAUUGCAUCAUUUUUGUUUUAUUCCAAAAUCCUUGAAGACGCAGAGCCAAAAAGACAGACGUGACCAUGUUCAUGCUGAUUCCCCCCUCUGAGAGGAAAAGGAUUAAAGCCUAAUUCAGAUGAAGAGUCUCUUGAACUCGACUGGCUAUGGAAUCGCGUGAAGUUCAGGGUGCAAUAGUAGGAACCUGAAUUUAAAUCUUUCUAAUGCAUAGAUGUCACAGUAGGUAUGCCCAAGCUACAUGGGUUUCUGGACUAGACACAUACCUAUUGGCAUCUGUGUCCAACUGGUUUUAAAUACGGUUCUUUGGAUUCACCUUUGGUCUAUGCGCUUGGGGUAUUUUUCAAAUUAUACCUUGAUCCCUCCAGUUCACAUGCCAACCUUGAUUUCACCAAAAGCCUUUUUUUAAAUGCUAUACCAUCAAAACAAAGGAGAGGAUAUUUGAUCACUUUUAUGUGCCUUUGAAAGUACGACUUUUCUCAGGAAUGAUAUUUGAUCAUUUAGUGUUCUUUAUGAUUACUCGUUAGGUAUGAUUACUGAAUGAGUAUUCUGUUAGUUUCCUUCUAGGUAUGUAAGAAAUCGAACACAAGAUUUUUUCCUGGUGGUUAACAUUGGUUUCAUCUGCUAUUAGGGUCAUCUUCAUUUAAUUUUAAUCUAUCAUCAAUGGUUAGAGGAACAGUGAAUCUUGUGUACUCCCUGGUAAGGGUACGGAGUGCAGUACAGUGCAUCAUCUACAUUGAUAGCCCUCUUGUUGCAGUUCUCUUAAGGUACUUUUUUAGCAUUUCAUAAAUUAUUUGAGGCUUGCAUAAUCCACUAUUUCCACGAAUGCUAAUAUUUUCGUGGAUCUGACAUUGGUAUUGGGUUUCUCAGCUGAGAUUUUUUUUUUGUUUGUUUAUUUGUUUGUUUGUUUUUUGCACUGGCCAUAAAUGGAUAAUCAACUCAAGGUGUGCCACCAUUAGUCUUAAGGGACAGAGUUUAAAAGACAAGCAUUCAGAAAAGGUCAUUUGACUUGCUGGAGCAGUUUUGUCAACUAGGAACAAUUACCAAGGCAAUCUUUAAACCACCCCUCCCCCCAAAAAAAAUUCUUUGCUUACAGUUUCCAGCCUCGUAAUUGUGCCAGGACUAAAGUCUCUUUGUCCCAGUUCAUUAAAAAGCCUUCCCUCAUUUCAAGGUCCAGUGAGACUUGUAGAUGGGGUUAGGUCAUCAGGUCCUUGAGCCUGCUGACUAAGUAUAAAUAUGCAUUGAAUCACUUAAAUUCUAUGAAUGAGGAGAUGUCAUAACAUAUGCCAUAAACAUACCAUUUAAUGCUACUAGUUUUUCUAAUUCAAUUUAACCAUAAGAAAUAAUGAAAAUCCUGAGAGGCAGUCUCUGUAGUUGACCAAUUCGCCUUUUGUCCAUUACCAACAUCUCUGAACUUUAAGGACAUAAUUUCUCAGUGAGGGUUUAUUGAUGCCAUACGGGAUAUUUUAUUUUUAAGUAAAACUGCCAGUUUUAUAUGAUUUCUUUUAAUUUGACCUCAGUUUUCAGAUUUGUAUCUGAAAUUGUUCUUUUUUUGUUUGAUGUAAAAGUUUAAAAACAUGUAAUCGGAAAUGCUAGACCUUAAGACGGCUAAUGGUAUUCAAAUGGCAUAUGUUAUUUUAUUUAAAUGUUUUACUUUAAAGAAAAAUUAUUUUAAAGUCUUUCAGAGGGUGGAUGUCCAAAAUGCUAAACUGUUGGUAAGUCUGGCCAUUUUUCUUGCUAUUGGUUUUAAUUUUUGACUGCACUUUUUAAACCCCUCAGUUCUACAUCUAUUUAUGUGUGUGUGUAUAUAAAUAUAUACACAUACACAAAAAUGCAUAUUUUACUCUAUAUACAUUUUCCACAUUUUGUAUAAUUAUAGAAAUAUUAAUAUGCGUAGACAAUCUUUGAACUGCACAUUUAUGGACGCGGCGUAGAAAAUGCGGCACCCAUAGUGUUUAGGGGCUUGUUUACAGUAGCAGGGGCUUCCCCCGGCAUGGCAUCCUGUAACUGUUCCUUCUUUAAUGGUCAUAAUACUUAGUGAUUUGGAGUAGGCAGGAGCUUAUGAGGUUUGUUCUCCUUGUCCUGUUUUCUUUUAUUUGUUAUACUUUAAAAUCUUUUUUUCUUCUGCUCAGAGCACUCAGUUCAUCUAGCUAAGGCUUGUUUAGUCAUGGUUCAGUUUUCCUCGAUCACCCUUGGAAGCCGCCGUUUGUGACUGGCUGUCUUCAUUUGGUCUCAGAUUUCUUCCAGCGUGCUAAGAAAGUCUUCCUGAUCGAGCAGGCCAGCCGAGUCCAGCUGAAGGAGUUUGCCCGGAAGAAUGCUGCCAAUACCUUGUCUGUGACCAACUUGGUCAUGGGAAUGAGUUCCAUCCUCUGCAGCCUCAAUGGCCACCAAUAUGCUGCAUGCUGGCUGGUUCUGAUUGGUUAUCUGCUGGACUUGGCCGACGGAGCGGUUGCUAGGCGACUGGAUGCCUGCUCAGCACUAGGUGCCAAGCUGGAUGACUUUGCCGAUUUUACCACAUUUGGCAUUGCCACGGCCUUGCUGCUGAGGACGCAUGACUUGAUGGACAACAUCCUCUGCAUGUGUUAUGUACUGUCGGUGUUCAUUCGCCUCUGCUUCUUCUCCAGCGGGAUUCCUUUCAUGUACCGUGGCCUCCCCUGCAUCUACUCUUCUGCUAUCCUAUCCUGCACCUGCCUGCUGUCAGGAGGCAAUGUGAUGGUGUUGCGGGUCACUGCCGUGGCCAUGAUCCUCUUUAUGGUCAGCCAGACCUUCUACCCCCACGACAGGAUCCUGGAGUCCCAGGCCUGGAAGAAGGUGGUCUAUGCUGGAGGAGUGGCAAUGGUGUUCUGUUCCUCUUUCCCGUCUGCAUGUGUUUACUACCUGCUGUGGUCAGUAUCUUAUAUUCUGUUUCCGACAACACUGUGGAGCUGUAAGGUGUGACAGAAGGUGAGACCUGGACCCAAAUGUUGAGCUAUCAGGCCAGGAGAAUGUUGGCCUGAGUUACUACAGACCUUAUACCUGCCGUUGCCUAUUUCCGUGGCAACUGUAAACAGACAUAAAACAAAAAAACAAACUUAAAGCCCACUGGUUGUAUUGAAGUGACACAAUAUACCUUCUGAAAAUGUUGUUUUCCUUGAUUUUUACUGGAUGGGAAGAUAGAAGAACUAUAAUGUUCUGUUUCGUUUUGUUUUGUUAAAUGAAAAUGCAAUUGUAUAGCCCAAAAAAGAAGGAAAUCUCCUGCUUUGUAUCUUAUGAUUGUUAAAUAAUGUGUGUCUCUAACGAAUCUCGUUUUUCCCCAUGCAGUAGCAAAGUCAUUCUGAGAACCUUCUUUUUUCCAUGUAGAGGUUUUUCCCCAAUAUGAUAAGAUCAUGAAUGCAGGACACAAAGCAUGUAUACGUCUAGUCAGAUUUUAGUGCUUGGCAUGAUCAGUACGGAAUACCCCCCCCCCCCCCCCCCCAAGUAACAAAUCAGGUUGUUGCUUUUGAAGGUUGGUUCUGUUUUGCUGAACAUAGACUUGACAAAUUCUACGAAAGUGUCAGAUAGUUUUAGGGCACACAAAUGCUGCUGAAUACUUUCUUUUUAUUGCCGGAAAUAUUGUGCACCUUACUAAUGUUAAAAAAUGUGUAUUAUACUUUUGUUUAUUUGGGAUUUGUGUACAUUUAAAAAGAUGCUCCAGUUGCUAAAAAAACGAUGGACUUUUAUAAUAUGUUUUGUCUUCGGUGAUUAAGAUAACCGUCAGGCACCUUUUUUUCGUGCUGACAAGUAAACAUUUCAGAUUAAAGUGAGGCCUCAUCUGACUUAGUAUGAUUAUUUAAUAUUUAAGUUAGCAUGUUGCAACAUUAAUACACUGACAUAGCACUAGUACCAAAUGCACAUUAUAAUAUGUGAGAUGGAAUAUAAUAAUAUAUAAAAUUUGUACAGGAAAUCCAACAAUCUUUUUAGUCCUUCAGCUUUCUAAGAAUAAAUGCUGCUUAGCCCCUGUUUUAAGGAGCUGCAUUUACAUUUUCAUAUGACCAUUUAGUGUCUUUAACAUUAACUGAUUUCAGAGCAUCAUCCUUUUCCUUCUUGAUGGCAAAUAAAUAGUGUUUUAUGUGCAGCUGGUACUUAUACCAAUGUUUUACUGAUAACCAGAGUGUUUGAUGUGCAAGGGCAUUUUAAUGUUAUUACUUGUACUGUUUAACAAGAAACGUUUUUAAAUUUGUCAGUUAAAGCUUAAUUAGGAGGAUUUCUGAGUAUAAAUGCCUUUCCCUGGGUUUCUAUGAUGGCAAGACUUAAGUAAUAUCAAAAUAUUUUUCAUAAGUUGUAGGGACAGUAAUUCUGCUUACAUUUGCCUUCUUUUAAAAGGGAAACUGCUGAAAAUUGUACCGUUUUAAGCCCUGAAUUUUAAAUGAAAUAAUAGAAUGUAAGAAUCUGAUCCCACACUUUUGUUUUCAUCCAUCUCCAUAACUGUAAAUGUAAUAUAUGUUUAACAUUCCGGGAGUUUCAUGCAUCUGUUAAUACCGGGUACCAGUCAUCUUUUAAAUGUGUAUUUCCAAUUGUUUUUAAAAAUAAACAUUAGAUUGACUAAA